GUUAGGAUUGCAUAUUCCCUAUACGAGUGCGUGUGAGUAUCGGACACAGCCUUGGGAGUCUACGUUAAUCAGAGAAAUGGAUCAGCCACUGGAGGCUGCACAUGAUGUCGGAGACCUUAAUACCCCAGGACUACCUGAAUCUACUAGACACUGUAACAAACAUGCUGAGUCUGUCCCACUGCAGGAACAGGCAGAAGAGCAGAGUGUAGAGUCUUUACAAACUAAAAUGACUACAUAUUGUGAUAGUCAAUACACAGAAAAUAAUGGAAUUGCUCAACAGCACCUUAAUACUGAAGGAAGAACAGAAAAGGAUUUUGUUAAUGGAAGUCUACUUGUGGAGUCUCUCUAUCUGGAUGCACUAAAGACUGAGAUAGAUCAGCCCCAGAUUUCUUGUCCGUGCUUGGACCCUACAAGAGUAGAAACAAAAUAUUUGCUGAAAGAAUUAGCGUUGAGGCAAGAUGGUGAAAAAAUUGCUACUAUAAAUGUUGAAUUGCACCCAGUGCCACUGCCAAUUGCUGAUCAAGUAGACAGGCUCUCUCAUAUCCAGCUGAAAGCAGAAGAUGAUGCUAGACCUGGAGAACAGAACUCUCAUGAAAUUGAGAGUAGUUCCUCUCGGACCUUCAGGUAUCUGGUGGAAUUUAAGGAAAAAAUGGGAGUGAAUAGUCAUGAGGGAAGGGUUGAGGAACCUGUAUUGGAGUCAUUUGUUCAUCUUCUAGAAGAGAAUGACAUCAUUGAGAAGGAAUGUCCCAUAUGUACUGAGCAUUAUGAUGCAGGACAUCACAAGCAGUCUUUACUAAACUGUAGACAUACUUUCUGUGACAACUGCAUUAAAACUAUCAUGGACAAAGCAGGUCAGGCUGACAUUGGACGUGUGAAGUGUCCAAUAUGUCGUCAGAAGACUCCAAUACUUAAAUGGGAAAUUCGUAAACUGCAAGAGCAAAUGAUGGAUAAAGACAGUAAUGUUUGCCAUCACCAGGUUUACAUCCCAACUUCUGAACCAAUCAGAAGACCAGGAUUGUGUGGGGCAUUGGAAUUCAGAUUUCAUCAGCGCUUCCAAACACGCAUGCUUCCAUUUCCACCUUGCUUACGUUAUCCAAUUUGUUUCAUCAACUGCAUGCGUGCUCUUGAAGGACAAUGUCACUUUUUGUAUCUCUGUAUGUUAGUCAUCCUUUUCCUUGUGGAGUCAAUGUGUUUUCUUCUUCUUUUGCUACCAAUUUUUGUCCUGGUCUUGUUCAUAUUGUUGUUCAAUUAACGACAACAUUCCUUGGCCCAAUAUAAUUGCUUUUGUCAAGAGCAACAAUAUAAUGUAUAUUUUUUAUUAAAAGAUAAAUUACAUAAUACAUAUUGUAAAUUACUGUUAAGUUUAUCUGUCUACAAAGAGUAGGUAAUCCCCACAUUUAAAGGGGGACAGUUGUGAUUUAGACAGAACAUACCAUUUCCUUCUUAAUAUAAGGAAAGUCCACGG